UUGAUCUGAAAUUUUAUUUGGUGAAUAUUUUGUGUUACACUGGGUGGUACUAUACAGGUGGGGGCAAGAGUGUUCAGGAAAACAAGGUGGCUGGACUUAGAAAGAGGACUUUAGAUUCAGGAUGUGGUAGAAUCCAGGCAAGGAGAGUGGAGGCAGCAGCAUAUUCCAGUGCCCUGUCUACAUGGGAGACAUGAAGAAGGCAGACAUCGUGGCCUAGGGCAUACAUCAAUUCUGCUUUGGUUUCACACUGAGGUGGGCCAGAGGGAGAGAUGAUGCAGAAUUAGAGGACAUGGCAUCCGCUGCCAAGGCAGACAUGGGGCAGAGCAGCUCUGCUGCAAGCGAGGGCAGCCAGAGCCAGCCGCCCCGGGCAGGACGGCCGGAGGCAGCAGAAGACCCGCAGUGCCCCAUCUGCCUAGGCCCCAUGAAGAGGCCGGCCUACGUCACCUACUGCAUGCACAAGUUCUGCCUCCGCUGCAUCCGGCAGUGGGCCAAGAGCAGAGACAACUGCCCCGUGUGCCGGCAGCCCAUGGAGCAGCUGCUGUACUCCGUGAGGGGCGACAGCGACUACAAGGAGUGCGCCGUCGGCCUGUCCGCCCGCCUGCAGAGGAGGGUGGCCACCGAGAGGAGCCUGCAGCCAGUCACCACAGUCAUGAUACGGGUGAUGCAGGUACUCCAUGACCAGGAGAACAUGGCUGGCAGAGACAGGCCCGUGGCCACCCAGAGUGCCCAGAGGCAGGAAGCAGCUCCAGGGCCCUCCAACGCCCAUUCCCAGCAGGCUCCCGCGGCCUCACACGAGGUGACCCCACUGAGAGAAGAUGAGCGCCCGGCUGGCCCUGCUGCUCCUCUGGAACAACAAAAUGGCACUGAAUGACUUUGGCUUCUCAGCAUCCCCUUGUACUUCAUCCAAUAAACUACAUGGUCCUUUCCGGGACGUGAGUUU